AUGGAUGCACCAGCGCAGCGUCGACGCCGCCGGCCGGCUGUAUCAUGCACCCUAUGCCGGCAGCGCAAGAUACGUUGCAACAAAGAGACGCCAUGCAGCAACUGCGUCCGCUCCAAGACUGGGUCAUGUGUCUACAAUAACCCCGAAACGCCGCUGCCUCGCCGCAGCCAUGUCACCCCCCGCCCAGCUCCACGGAACCAUGUGGCGAGCUCCUCCCCGAGUGCCGGCAGCUCCAGUAUAGGCAUCGCCAACUCGGCGCCGACAAACGACGUGGAUGAGACAACAAGCGCGUCGUCCGUGGCGUGCGAUUCAGGCAUAGGCGGCAAGUCUGCCGCGAGACAGAGGCCACAGCCUCCAGUCGAGGGGCCAAAGAGCACGAUCCAGACGACAUCAACGCACAUCGGCGGCACGUUCCACAUAGAGGCCGACGACCGCGUGGCCAACAAGUCUCGCGGGUCUAGUCGCAACAUCAUCCACAAGACGCGAGUCUUCGGCCAGAGCCACUGGGUCAACGGCGUCUCGAUGGUCCUGCAGAUUCCACCGGUUCUGGAGUUAUACCUGCGGCAAGACACAAUGGACAUAUCGUCCAAGCUCCAGAGAUGCAAAGCUCUGGCCAGAAUGAUCAAGGCGCACCGCACACCGGCGUGGCCAAGGCCGCCGACGGCAGAGCUGCCGGCCAAGGAGGUGGCUGACGAGCUCAUCGACUGCUACUUGCGCACUUCGGAACGCGUGUACCGUGUCGUACACAUCCCGAGCUUCAGGCGAGACUACGACGCUCUAUGGACGCCGGGUGAGACGCGCAGCACGGCGUUCAUCGUCCAGCUCAAACUCAUCCUCGCCAUCGGAGCAACGACCUACGAUGAGGCUUUCUCCCUACGGGAGUUGGCCAUGCAGUGGGUUUAUGAGGCCCAGACGUGGCUAUCAGAGCCCGGACUCAAGUCGCAACUGAGCAUCAGAGCCCUACAGACCAGCGUGCUGCUCCUCCUCGCGCGGGAAAGCACCGGCGUAGGCGAGACUCUAGUCUGGACGGUGGCCGGGUCCUUGCUCCGAACUGCCAUUUACAUGGGCCUGCACCGCGACCCUGCGAAGCUCCCUGGCGUGUCACCCUUUGACGCGGAGAUGCGCCGCCGGUUGUGGAACACGAUUCUCGAGCUCGAGCUGCAGUCGAGCAUGGCCUCGGGCGGCCCUCCUCUGCUAUCGCUAGUGGACUUUGACACGCGGCCGCCGGCCAACAUGGACGACGAGCAGCUCGAGGCCGAGGAGCCUGUUGCGCAGCCAGACGACGAGCUGACGCAAACAUCAUUGGCGAUUGCGCUGCGCAGGACCUUUGCGGCACGCCUGGCGGUCCUCAAGUUUCUCAACGACGCGAGCUCGCCGGGCACCUACACUGAGGCUCUACGGCUCGACGCCGAGCUCCGGGAUGUAUACAAGACCCUACGCCGCACACUACGUGGGUACGACUUAGACAAUGCCUCGCCGAAUGUGAGCUUUGAGAGCAGAUACAUAGACAUCCUUCUGCUCCGCUACCUCUCGGCCAUACACACGCCAUUCUUCGGCCCCUCGCUGCACGAUGUCGCCGAGUACGCCUUUUCACGGCGUGUGGUAAUCGAUUCUGCUCUCAAGAUCUGGUCUGCCGCGUGUCUUUCCGAGACGACUGCGGCCACACGCUCUACGAGCCAGGCAGCGCCAUCGCCAGGCGGCCAAGACAUGGCGCGGUUCGUGACAAACGGGUCAGGCUUCUUCCGCACGACCGUCUUCCAAGCCGGCACCCUCGCGGCACUGGAGCUGCGCGCCCAGCUGCAGGAAGACGCGCCUGGGCCGACCCUCGUGCGCAGCGACCUGCUCGCCGCGCUGCGCGAGUGCAAGGCCUGGAGCCUGCGGUGCAUCGAGGUGGGCGAGACGAAUAUCAAGGGGUACCUGCUGGUGAGCCUCCUCGCCGCGCAGGUGAACUGCUACCUCGCGACGGGAGACGAAGCCGUCGCAGAGUGUGAUGUACCGAUGCGGCUCGUGGAGGCGGCGGCGGAGAUCGAGGACGAGUGCCUCGCCCUGCUGGAGGCGAUGGUGGCGCCGGGCGAGGCGGCGGCGCAUGGCGGGUGCGGUGUGCACGACGCCUCGUCGUCGGCGACGCCGUCGAUGGAUCUGAUGAGCGAGUGGGACUCUUUGAUGACGGACGAUCCGCUCCUGGGGAGUAACAGCGGCUUUCAGUUUGGCUGGAGUGUGUGA